GGGCCGGACACUGCAGCUCCAAGCUGGCUGUGGUCACCCAAGAGGCCCAGGGCAGGGCAGAACAGGCUGGAAAGCUCACGGGCAAUUCUCAAUGUCAGUCUCACAGGCGCCACCAGGGGGCGGGGGCAGGAGUUGUGCCAACCACUGGAAAGUGGGCAACCAGGCAGAGCUGGAAGAAGGGACGCUGAGCUGGCCCAGCUAUGGAGGGUGAAGGAUGCAGGGGCCAGGCCCUCCCUACGGCGAGCCCCACCCCACCCCAUCCCUGUCCAUAGGGGCUGACUCAGCCCGUUCCAGGCCCAGAACCUUCCCUUUGCUAGACCUGGGGCCUUUGUCUCUGUGGUCAUGAGGCCUGAGGGGGUGGGGACAUUGUUGAUAAAAGGCAUGGAGGGCAGCUCCCACACCCUUCCUCAGAACUACUGCCCACAUGCAGCCCCGGACGCACCCCCUAGCCCAGACUCUGCCCUUCUCCCUCAGGGGGGCCCUGCGAGAUGCUGGGCUCCGGGUGCCUGUCAUUAAGAUGGGCACAGGGUGGGAGGGCCUGCAGCAGACCCUGAAGGAAGUCGCCUACAUCCUCCUCUGCUGCUGGUGUAUCAAGAAACUGCUGGAUUAAUGGCAGGGAACUGUCCCUCUUCCCCCUGGCACCGUAGCUGGCAUCGCUCAGCCUUCCCCCUUCUAGACCCUCGGGCCAGCUGUGCUUUACCCAGGAUGGGCCAUGAAACCACGAGUGAAGAAUCAAGUGUGGAUCCUGCUCUGAGCCGUGCCAUCUGGCAGACCUGCCCCAACUCUGGGCCUAGCUCCGAGGCGGACCUCGGCUGGACAGGAGCUGGGCCUGUGGCUAGGAGCUCACUACCGCUGCAGCAGGACCUGGCGCUCCAAGCUCGGCACAGUGAGCCACCAGCCCAGAGGGUUGAUCUUCCCAUGCCCUCUUAGUACCAGGAAUGGG